AUGCGUCGCUUCGCCUGCGGCUGUUGCUUCAUCUCCCUGUCCGGCGUCCUUCUGCCGCUGCUCGUCGUUCGUUGGCUUGUUUUGACAGAUAUCCAAGGACCACUCCGGUACGAGGUAAACACUUUCCUCUUGUUUCUUCUUUCCUAUUUUUGAAAUUUGUUUCUAACUGAAAAGUGAUAAGAUGCAAAAAUGUUUCAAUUUUCAAAAAAGAAGUUUAUUUUUUGCAGAACGUGACAUCAGAAAGAGAAGCAUUUGUCCGCGAAGUCUACGCUGAGUUGAACUUUCGACGGCAGCACGGGGUCUUCAGAGACCGUCUCGACGACGUCGCCAGCGUCGCCGAGCUGAACUCAGAUCCUUUGCCUGAGGCUCUCCAUCCCAACGUUCCUCAGCAAGAUUUGUGCUCUUCGCCGAAGUUCUGCGCGGCCAGCUUGACCGAAAUGAAAGCAACUUUUGCGGUAAUCGAUGCCUUUUCAUUCAAAAAAAAUAGUCCAAUCGAAAGAUCUCAGCUAGACGGAAACUAACAGCCUGUCUAGCGCCUAAGUCCAUGUCGACGGUCAUGUCCGCCAUCUUGUGCUUCCUGGAGAGACCAGCAGAGUUUGUGGCGGCAGGCAGGAGUUUGCUCCUAGAACGGAACGAUAUAAGGUCAUCGAACUCCUUCAACUACGUGAACUUGUUUUUAUUUUUGCAGAUUCUGUGGUGCCGUGAACAUAUUUGAUUCAAAGGGUGGGAUACGGCAGAAACUGAAAAUAGACGAAAAGACGAUGGAGAGCGAGUGGAAAACGAUUGCUGUGUUCCGAGAUCCCGUCGACCGAUUCCUCAGCGGAUUCGUCCAGCGCUGUGUCCAGUGAGGCUUACCAGGGACCUCGGUCGAAGAAUCUGUUGAGACUGCGCAAGAGCGACUGUGGCGGCUGUCGCUACAACAUGACCUGCUUCCUCGAAUAUCAACUGCAGAGGUUCUUUAAAAUCUUAAUCUGGAAAUCGAUAAAGAAGCGUAAAAAAUUUACAGUUUUUUUUUUUCGAAUUUGUCAAGCUGAGUUUUUUUUUUGUGGACUCCGUGUUAAAAAAAAAGAUUUGUUUCAGGGCUAUACAACACUCACACGUUGCCGAAAUAAGUCUGAACGAAGAAGAUCUGCAUUUUUUUCCUCAACGAUGGUCUUUUUCUCUAUCAAUUUUGGAAAUUGAAGUUUUUUCUAGGUUUUGUCCACUCGAUGAAAACAUUUCUUAUUUGAAAUACUCGGCCGAUCCGAAAAUCUCACUGAUUUCACAAAUUGAGGCUGUUCUGAAGGAGCGAGGAGUAAGUAGCUUUUUCUGAGGGAGAUGGAACUUUUCCAAGGUGGAGCCAGAAUGGAUUUCCUACGUGAGUGAGUCUCUCUCCUCAGACAGGACGGCUCAUUCGACUUACAACUCGGCAGUUCGUCAGUUCCUCGAGAAGAGGAUCAAAAGCAGUCCUUAUUUGUUGGAAUUGUUGACGAGGUUGUUCAGUUUCUCUUUUCCUAUCAACAACUUCGUUUCAGGCUCACGUAUCCCGACUACGCGAUUAUCAACUCUUUGAAGUCAGAUUCUGGAUAA